AUGGAUAGAAGCCCUGGCGCACGAUGGGAUCAGCAAUCGUGGCUUUCACCCCUGUUCGGAUCGUAUUCGCCUUGGAAUGAACUUCUCAGCGAACCGCCUAGCUUAGGCGAUAUACCUGAUGUGAAACUCGAUGAGUUCACUGUAUACUCAGGAUCUAGUUCAGAACUUGCUAAUCUUGACCAAUUUCUUCCUACUCCCAGCACUGCUGGCUUCAACGACACAUCACAGGAGUCUUCUUCUUCAGAGAACGACACUCCAUCGCAGUUGAGAUGGAUAGACGAGUCCAAAGAGUAUUUUCCAGAGAUCAAGCAGGCGCCGAAAAUGCCGAAAAACGUCUCGUCAGACGAUAUUGAUAAGGUCAGGAAAAGACUCAGCAAACGGAAACAUCGUCCUCUCGAAGUGAAGGCAGAAGCCGUGCCCAUGUCCGACAAGAGAACGAGAAACACGUUGGCGGCACGCAGAUACAGAGAACGGCAACGGAAAGAUGUUGAGGUGCUUGACUCUCGGAUCAAACAGAUCGAGGAGGAGCUCAACAACGCCAAGCUUGAGAUAAUGUGGUGGAAGAUGGAAUCAAAGCGUUGGAAGGAAGAAGCUGAAAAAGGAAGCAAAAGUCUGUAG